AUGGCUUUCAAAUCUACAAAAAACUCCACAGGAAAUCAAGUCACAUUUUUUCAGGAGGAUGAAGUCUGCAAGCACGCUGACUUUAUCAAAUCCCCACCGCCUCAGCUUUUCACUACACAGAGUUCUUGGAAAAAGCGAGGUUUCACCUUGUGCAAGUCUAGCGAGAGAUGCUACACCCUGAAGUACCUUAAAGGCCAAAAGAUAAAGGGUUUCAUUGCAAUUGACCAGAUUUCAAAUAUUGAGAUUGGCAUAAGUAAUUAUGAGAAGAUGACAGCAGUAAGGAAGAUGUUCAAAUGCCACCCUGAGGAAGUGCUAUCCAUCAACACAGAGAGCAGGGAUUACUACCUCAUUGGGAAGGACAGGGAACAAGUUGAGGACUGGUUCACUUCCCUAUCUUCAGCCCACAUGGAGGCAAAAGAAGAUGGAUGCUCUGCUCAGAACCAGAAUCCUUCAGCUCAGAGAAGCAAAGGUCGGUCCCUCUCUUCGCCACCAGCCUUCGAUGAAACAGUUUUGAGCACCCACGAGGAGAUUCCGAGAGUCUGCGGUGAAGUGGAAGAUCCCGCAGACGACAAGAAAAGGCCUCACUCAGAUCCUGGCUCUCGUGGUCUCCCUGAACAGCGGCCUCGCCACAGUUUACCAACACCUCUUCUUCCAAGUCUGAAUAACAAUUCUGAAAAGACCAGCAUAAGUCAGCUGCUGUUGGACUCAGAUGAGAACACCGGAGAGGAGGGGGAAGAAUAUUAUGCUUCUCCAAGCAGUGUUCUAGCACAGCUGGAAAGUGAGCUAUCAAAGUCUGAUCCCCCAGUUCAAUCACACAACCCAAUGGAGAAUGAGGAUCCUCUCAGCAGGAAGUUGUACGUGUCGAUGAAACCUCUGUUGCCUGAAGAGAAACCCCAGCCCACAUGCAGAAGUGAUGAAUUCCUGACCCUUCCCAGAAGUCAAGAAAAUAGCAUAGAUUUAAGAAACUGCGAGGCAGAUGGAAACCAACAACAGCUCACGCAAAGCAGUACUAAUAAGCAGCUAACCCAGGAGAGAAAGCCAAAUAUAUCGUCACUAUCAGUCGUUCAGUUAUCUAUAAUAAUCAAUAAAGUCACAGAUGACAGCCAACUACAAGAGGUGGAUAUUUGCAUCCCUCAUGCUGAUGUCACCAGUAAUCUAACGCUUAUUGAAGCAGCAGGACAAAUAUGUGUCUCGUAUUGGAAGGGUCCCUACCGCUUAGGCUGUAUAUUUCACCACGGGGAUCACAUAGUGGCUGUGAAUGACCUGCGCACACAAAGCAUUGAUGAGGUUUCCUUGUUUGUCAGCAGGUCCAUGAGAAAGGAGGUGAAACUUACUGUCCGUCGGAUCCCAGAUUCAGACAUUUUCCAUAUUAAAGGAUGCUCAUGUUCCUAG